CCGGAAGUUCCAUCGUUGCUCAGUUGGGCUACGAGAGUCCUGACCGAUUUGGACCAUCUGUGAUCAUGAUGACCGAAGAGGAGCAGCAGCAGCAAGAUAUCGGUUGCCUGAUCAACUCUGACGGUGAAGAAGUGGAUUUGUCUGAUCUCCGAGAGACUGCUAGUCCAGGCAGCGAAGCCACAGAACCUCCUCCCUCCACGACGUUCAAUCAGAGCGAGAAUGAAAAGCCGGCCUCAUUUCACACCUGCUCUGUGUGUGGCAAAGACUUCCCUUACGCCUCCAAACUCCAGCGCCACCUGCGCACACACUCCGGAGAGAGGCCUUUCCCAUGCUCCAUGUGCAAUAAGAGAUUCCCAGAGAAGGGGCUGCUCAUGAUCCACGAGAGGGUCCACACGGGAGAAAAGCCCUAUCCGUGCACUUUCUGCGAGAAACGGUUCGCCAGUCAGGGCGAGCUGCGACUCCACCGGAGGACUCACACGGGCGAGAGGCCGUACCACUGCUCCAUCUGUCUGAAGAGCUUCUCUCGCCAUUGGCACCUCAAGACGCACCUGGAUGCCAUGCACUCUGAGGUGGUUGCCGGUUUCACCAGGAAGAAGUUUCCGUGCUCGGACUGCGACAAGAGCUGCAACUCGGCCGCCGAGCUGCGGGACCACCAGCGGACUCACACGGGCGAGCGGCCCUAUCAGUGCUCCUUCUGCGACAAGCGGUUCGCCUUGUCGGGCACAUUGGUGCGCCACGAGCGCCUUCACACGGGGAUCACGCCCUACCACUGCUUGGACUGCGGCAAAACCUUUGCGCAACAGUGGACGCUGACCACUCACAUGCGCACGCACCGGGGCGAAAAGCCGUACAGCUGCACGCAGUGCGACAAGUCGUUUGUGGCGCCCGGGGAGCUGCGGAGGCACACUCGGAUCCACACGGGGGAGAAACCGUACACGUGCGGCGACUGCGGGAGACACUUCUCAUUGGCUGGGACGCUGAGGAACCACCGAAAGUCAUGCGCACAGAUGAAAAUUGGACUGCCUGCGGUUGGAACUGCAUCGGGGGGCUCGUCUGAGAAAGACCCGAAGGCCAGAGGCAUCGACACUGAAGUGUGUGAGAUUCAAGCUGCACCCAACAUUCAGGCCUCCUCCGCCUUCUCGUCUUCCUGCUCUUCCACUUCUUACUCCUCCUCAGAGGACGUCAACUGUGAGCAAGCAACCGAGGCUGAAAAUAACUCAAAUAUGCCUGAGACGGGAGUUUCCAGUCCGCACAUGAGCGUCGUCGUGAAAGAGGAGGAAGAGGAGGAACCUUUGUGCGAUGAAGCGUUGGCUACGGAAUGCCCUGCUGAGGACAAAAAUUUACCUCCAGUGAAGGAAGAAAUAGAAGAUGAUGGUGAUGUUAUCAACACACCUCCAAGGGACAGUCAGGAUGCGUCAGGCUGUGACAAAAUCAUCUCUCCGACCUCCCUCGUGCAAGAUCAGCGUAAGAACAACAAGAUCACAAGCUCAUACUGCUGCGGUUUGUGCGGCAGGGACUGCCACAAGAUGUCGGCGCUGCAAAUCCACAUGCGCAUCCACUCGGGCGAGAAACCCUACCAGUGCUCCCUGUGCGGGAAGCAGUUCACCCAGAAGGGUCAACUCAAGGGCCACCAGAAGGUCCAUACCGGGGAGAAGCCCUUCGCGUGCCCCGAGUGCGGCAAGUGCUUCGCUCACUCGGGCGCCAUGAACCGCCACCGACUGACGCACACGGGGGAGAAGCCCUACCACUGUUCACUGUGCUCCCGCAGUUUCAACCAGUCGGGACGCUUGCGGGAACACGAGAAAACCCACUUCGGGGACAAGCUCAACUGCCCCGAGUGCGACAAGACCUUCACGCGCUCCUCCAGCCUCAAGAAUCACUUGAGGCUGCACACGGGCGAGAGGCCGUACAGCUGCGACGUGUGCGGCCGGGGCUUCAGCCGCUCACAAAGCCUCAGGCUCCACAAGCGCAAGCACGAGCUGCUGCGGGUGGAGGAGGAGUCCGGAUUCAGCAUGGGGGAUGAAGACUUAUCGGACAAUAACUCCCGUGGUGAUGUGUGUAGAAGUGUUAAAAAUGAAGAGGAUUUAUUUCUAUAAACCGCACUGAGAUUUUUAGACUGUAGAGCAGGCGCUUCUUUUUCUGCUGCGGCCACAUUGUGAAAGGUGAAAUUCCACGAUAUUGAGAAACUGUGUUUAAAAAACAAAAAAAAGCUAACAUUUUUUGGGAGGGGCAUAGUUUUACUAAAUACAUUCAACCCCCCCAAAAAACCCUUUUAUAUUAUGAGGUGGAACGAUUAAUAUACAACUAAUCGUUUUUCAAAUUAAUUAUAUUUGAGAAUUGUCUUUCAGAAAUCUUGUUUCAUUUAAAAUUGUUCAAAUCCAUGAAAUGUAAACCCCUCACCGGUAAAUGUCUUAUUUCUAUAGUCCUCCACAAAAGCAGAUUAAUCCGGGUGUGUCGAAUUUGAAGUACAGUCAUGCCUUAUUUUGGCAGAUCGCAAUGUUGUUGUUUUUUAAUAUACUACAUUAAUCGAUAGCCUAAUCAAUUAUCAACGUUUUUAGUUGCAGCCCUAAUAACAUUUUCUCAACAUAACAGUGUUUCGUCUGCUGCUCAUAAAAUGUUUAUUUUAUAUAGUCUCUCCAUUGCAGAUUUUCACCAGUUGCGGACUGGUCUGGAGCACAUCCCUCUGAGAUAAAUCGGUUAAAACGUAAAGAAAAUUUGCUAAAAUGAUGUGGCGGGGGCUACGCCUGACACUCCCCGCCCCCACCAAGCUCUUGAGUUUGUUCCCCGUUUGUUAAGACUGUUAAGAGGACUCCUUCCCGGAGUACACCCUCAUUAGCAUUAACAUGGUGGUUGUAAUGAGCAAAAAAAUAUUGAACUUGCAGCUGAAGUCACACACAUGCUCGUGAGGCAAUUUAACAAGAAUCUCUUUUAAUAGGCACUAGUAGAGCUCCCAUAUUCUGUGUGUGUGUGUGUGUGACGUACCCCCGUCUCCAAAUAUUUCAUUCACAGUUUUAAGAUUGUUAUUUAUGGUAGUUUAACUCUUUAUAUAAGGUGUGUGAUGUCACUGACUUCCGUGCAGUAUUUGCUUCUCGCAUUGUCAACUACCGGUACUUCAAUUUGAGGACUGUAGCAUAUGGUUACUGCAGUACAUAAAAUGGGAGUAUUUUUUUUUUUAAAGGGCCAUUGUGAAUAAGCAACAUUAUCAUAUUUAACUUUUGUAUACCAAAAACAUUUUACCUUUGUGUACAUUGUUUUUUCUAUUCUUUUUGUAGUAUUGUCAAUACAAAUGCGGUUGAGCUGGUUUUACCCUGGUGCAGAAGACUGACUUAGAGUUUGAAAUCGAGUACUCGGAUUAUAUUCCGGAAAGAGGAGAAAGUUGACAUUUUGUUGGAAGAUUUUCCCUCGGGCUUCACUUGUCUCGAUAUAUCGGGAAGGCCACACACUAAACCUUACAAAUAA